UAAAAGCGAGAGCGAACCUUUUCUUUCUCUGUCAGAUAACAAGAAGCCCGGGAUUAGUUUACUUUCCUAGCGGGAUCAACAGCAUUUCCAAGAACACGCAAUUACCAAUCGUUACUUGAACCGUUAAGGCCGAGCUGCGCAUGGUCCAAAGAAAGUUGUAUACCCGGCGAAUUCGCAAAGAGGUCAUGCCAGUGAAAUCUGGAGUGACUUCGUUUGGACGCACCUCCAAACCCCCUUCAAAAAUUAUUGAGCCACCAAUCAAUCCUGUAAGAAAAGCAAGUCGUGCAAAUGUUGUUAUUCCCAAGGGCAGUGGAAUACCCCUAUGGAAAAUAACUGGAGUUCUACAAAGCAUUAUUAAUUGCAGCACUGUGGAUAUACGUGCGCUGCACAAACUUUUGUUCUAUCAAAUAACUAACAAGAAAGACGCAAUCUACAACAUUUUAGAAUUCAACGGCUUCGAAAAGCUUGCAAAAAAACUUGUCUUAAGCUCAGCGUUAGCCCAACAUAAUAUUCGAUUUAUAAAACGCAUAUGCAAGUUGUGUCUCUUACCGGCUAGAAAAAGCAAGGCAGCGCUGAUUGACAUGCUUAGCGAUUUCUUCCAUACUCCCAGCCAACCGGUGAGAAACAGAUCGACCAGACGACAUCUUUAUCUUGCACGUUUUACCGACGAACAACCAAUCAAAAGUCAGCUUUCAAUAUCCGACCAGAAGCUCAAAGGAGAAGACGUCCAUCCAGAAGAAGUUAAAGAUUACUCGCCGCCCAAAUGGGCUACUCCUGUUGUAUCCAUAGAUGCCAUUUUAAGACGUUUGAAGCUGGAGCCGGAAGACUAUACAUUAUCUUAUUACUAAAUAUGAUGUCAGUAU